AAACAUUUUGGCCCAUUCUAAAACAAGUAGUUUUGUGCCUGAUUGAACUUUUCAAAAACUUCAGGAGCCGAACUGGCCUUUAAGCAUCAAUUAUUUUGUGUUCCUCUUAAAUCCCCGCCCCUUACCCUUUUCUGUAUGCAGAACACAAAAGCUUGAAACAGGCGGUAGCUGCAGCUCGCUUGCUGCUUCCUCUCCCUGUUUUUCUACCUUCUUAUACUUUGAAUCCUUUAGCUUUGUUGACUCCUCCAUUGCUGCACCCUCCCUUGCUCGGGGCAACCUCCGAUUGCGUCUCCGUUCACUCCAACACCCCUAAAAUGUAAUCACCGCCUUUAGAGGCUUUGUUUGUUUUUCAUCUUUGCUAUGCAAUAGUUGCUGAGGAAUUGAUGGCACACAAUCAGUGUUUGAAUGUCCGUGUUCAUUCGUUGUGGAGGAGCUUUAAUUACUUAGGGGAAAACUUGAGAAGGGCCCAGAAAGUUGGAAAUAUCUUGUCCCAUUUCAAGACAGUUGUUCAAAUUCAUCCUUCACCCACUUCAUCUAAGAAGGCCUUUUGUAGUUUAUCUAGGACGGGCUUGGCUUUACCUCAAGUUUUUUGUGCAACUUCUCAAAAUAACACUCUAAACUUUUCCAAAAGCGAGAACACUCUAUAUCAAGAUAUAACCUUUGCUUCAAUCAAGAGUGAAGAAAAAGCAGUUAAUGCUGGUUCUUCAAAUGGUAGAGUAAUGCUUAUAGAUGGCACCUCUGUCAUUUACAGGGCCUACUACAAGCUUUUAGCAAAGUUGCACCAUGGUCAUCUAUCACAUGCAGAUGGCAAUGGGGAUUGGGUUUUAACUAUAUUUUCAGCACUAUCACUUAUAGUUGAUGUAUUGGAGUUUGUCCCUUCCCAUGUGGCGGUGGUGUUCGAUCACGAUGGAUUUCCAUUUGGUCAUACAUGUGUUUCAUCCAAAGAAAAUGUCAUGGCAAAAGGUUCGAAUUUUCGUCACAAUAUGUAUUCUUCAUACAAGAGCAACCGGCCCCCUACACCUGAUACCAUAGUUCAGGGGCUUCAAUAUUUGAAAGCAUCAAUUAAAGCCAUGUCUAUUAAGGUGAUUGAGGUACCAGGUGUAGAAGCAGAUGAUGUGAUUGGAACAUUGGCAUUGAGGAGUGUGGAUUCUGGGUUCAAGGUACGAGUUGUUUCUCCGGACAAAGACUUUUUCCAGAUUCUAUCUCCUUCAUUACGUCUUCUACGAAUUGCACCACGUGGCCUUGAGAUGGUUUCAUUUGGGAUUGAAGAUUUUGCAAAAUUAUAUGGAGCACUGAAACCUUCUCAGUUUGCUGAUGUCAUGGCUCUCAUGGGUGACAGAUCCGAUAAUAUUCCAGGAGUUGAUGGAAUUGGAAGUGUCAAUGCUGUGCAACUGAUCACUAGAUUUGGCACAUUAGAGAAUUUAUUGCAAUGUGUUGAUCAAGUAGAAGGGGAACGCAUCAAAGAGGCCUUGCAAGCAAAUGCUGAACAAGCUCUCUUAAGCAAGAAGUUGGCGCUGCUACGUUCGGAUCUUCCAGACUAUAUGGUCCCAUUUUCCACUGGAGAUCUCGCAUUUAGAAAGCCUGAGGACAACGGUGAGAAAUUUACAAGCCUUUUGACUGCUAUUAGUGCUUAUGCAGAAGGAUUUUCAGCAGAUCCGAUAAUUAGAAGGGUUUUAUAUUUGUGGAAAAAGCUUGAAGCUUCCUGAUAUAUUCUGUUGUCAGUUUCUGCGUAGCAUUUUUCUCUGUUCAGUAAAUAUCCUUAUCCUUUAGCUGUACCUAUCAGAGUAGGACUAAUUGUCAUUGUACCGCAUCAAGCUUUUACAUAUUUGUUCCAUUGUACAUUUUGUGCUGAUAUUACUGAAGUUCCCAAAAUUUAAUUCAGGCUCCAUUUGUUUUGCAAAUGGAAAAAUAACGUUUGAAAAAUA